UUUUUCUGUUUUAUACUCCUCUUCCUUCCUCACCGCAGCCGUAUCUUCUUUCUCCACCACAGCCGUACGUCUUCGUCUUCUCCAGAAGCCUCCUUUGAAUUCUUCAAUGCAAUGGUGGGGAUGGGAUCUUUUCCUAUAUGCAAUAAAGCUGUCACCUUAUGCUCCUACUAUCAAUCACAACCAUCAAUACUCCAAAAGAGUUAUCACCGUAUCUGUCAAAAGAGACCCUGUGAAUCCUCGCUUCAUCGACUGAUUCCUACAAGCAUCAAAUACCCAUAUCGUUUCUUUUCAGAUACCAACAACAAAUUCAGGGUUAACUCAGUCAGAGACAGUAAUGGAGAUCAAACCAUCAUGUCUGUUUCUUCUGCCUACCAGGUGCUCGACAUAAUGCCUGAUUGCACUUUGUCCGAACUCAAAGCAGCUUUUCGUGCCAAAGUGAAGCAAUUCCAUCCUGAUGUUAUAAAGAGUGAUGAUGGUAAUUCAGAUACAAUGAUUCGCUGUGUCAUUCAAGCCUAUGAGGUGUUAUCCAAUUUAAGCAAAUCAGAGAUCAUUGAAAGUGAAUGUCUAGACCCUUUUGAUGCUCCUGAAUGUGAGGCAUUUGACAUCUUUGUUAAUGAAGUUCUAUGUGCUGGAAAAGGGUGUCCUUAUUCAUGUGUGAAGGCAGCACCUCAUGCUUUCACAUUCAGUUCUUCAACAGGAACUGCAUAUGCAACGUCUCAAGGUCAUGGUGAGGACUAUAAGGUACAGCUGGCAGUUGGACAGUGCCCUAGAAACUGCAUACAUUAUGUAACACCUUCUCAAAGGAUUAUUCUCCAGGAGUUACUUGCCAGCAUCUUGAAUGUGCCUUUUGAUUGCUCUGCUGAGGCGGACUUGCUUUAUACGCUCAUUGUAAAAGCCAAGUUUGAAAAUAAUCGGUACAAGAAGCCAAAAAAGCAACCCAAUGUAUCAACUAAACAUGUUGAUUGGUAUUAAUCAAACAUUAGUUGUUAAGUCUUGUUGCUUUUGUGUAAAUCUUGUAUAGAAAACAAGGGUAUGUAUAUAUUUAUUCAGUUAUGGUGUAUAUUUUGAUGAUAAA